CGAUAGAUGACGAAAGACGAUGGGGCUAACCUACACACAUUGCAUGUGAGAACUUUUGUUCUAGAAGUCCGAAAUGUUGUAGCACCAAAGCGAUGGAACAGUGGAAUUAAGCAAGAGGACUUGCGCCUGAAGGAUUUACAUUGAUUUUUAAAAAAUUCAUUAAGGGGAAAUGCCGAAUACCGAGAGGCCCCGAGCCCGUCCAAAGUAUCGCAAUAGGACCAGGAUUCAGGCGCGGGCCUCCACGCCAGAGGAUCGCUUGGAGAGUCAUCUGCAGCAGCUGUUCGAGGAGCAGGAUCUGCUCCAGAACAUGCUGAUCAGCCGUCUUCCGAAAAUUAACUACCACUUGGAAGAUAUGGGGGCCGAGAGCAACUAUGAAUUCGAUGCUCAGGACGAGGAUGGGAAUGACGGAAAAGCAAAGCCCCUUCAGGAUUUAAACUUCGAGCCAUCAAAGGAGUCGGUUUUUGAGUAUCGAGAGGAAUUCAAUGAUCCGGUUGUUCUUGCGGAGGACGUGUUGGAUCUCUCAAAUCCUCCGGAACUAGAGGAGAUUCCGGUCCUUCCCCCGCGAAGGUAUAUCUAUCCUAGAAAACACCACUCGACUGCCAUUCCAUUGCCCAGUGUGGUGGGGAAGUGCACUCCGCCCAAGCUCAACGGGCAGGGCUUCGAUCCGCCCUUUCCCUACCCUGAUUUCAUUGCCAAAAACCAGGAAAGUCGCAUGAACUAUAUAUUUAAUGUGGUCGAUAGUUUGGUACCGCAAAUGGAGCAUUUUCUUAAAUUGGGCGAUUUUUCUAUCGACGAAGGAGUCAAAAAAACGGGUCCCACUGGAACUGUUCCAAAAUCGAGGCCCCCAAAACAAUUCAAAAUAAAUCAGAUGGGCCAUGCCAAAUACACAAUUACUGUCAGUCCCCGUUUCAAGGAGCCAAAACAACACAAUCGAUCGAAGAACAAAGGUUUAGCCAGAGGUGGCAAGGUGCAAUCGUAUCGCCGGCUGACGGAGGUAACUCUAGAGCCGGAAUUCGAUUUAGAUUGCGAGUUUGGAAUGGAGCAAAUCGAGAAAUUUCGCGCAAACAAGGUUCCCGAUGAAUUCUGUGAGGAAACCGGAACGGAAAAGGAUGCAGAAGCUUUAAAUAAGGUAGCGGCGAGCAAAAUAGACCCUUUUUCGAUUUUCCCUUGUGACUUUUGGGAUGAUUUCCCGAUUUUGGAACCAACAAACAAUACAAUCAAGCCAAUAUGGCUGAACAAGAAUUUCGACAAAAGGUCGUCAAGCGUGCGUCCUGACACUCCAAUCACACGGCCUUGUUCCCCCGAUGACGAUGCUCCCAGCACUUCGGCUCAUGCCCAAAGAAAGCUGCAAGCUUUGCAGCGUAAAAGCAAGGAAACUUCCAAAUCAACAAUGCUGUCCGCUCGCGACGCAUCGGAACUUAGUACAGAGAAUAAGAGAGCCGCGACCGAAGGAGAUUCCGCCGAUGGCGCCAAUCCUGUGGUGGUUUUAGUGCCUCCCCGAUUCAAGGAGCCAGCAUCGUCGAAGAGUCUGUGGAGUACACAAGGACCUCCACCAUUGACCGAAUAUCAACGAAAAGUAAUUCGUUUUGUAAAGCAGUAUAGAAAAAAUAAAAAACGGCAGGAGAUUAUAAACAGGAAAUUAGCUAAUGGCGAACCGAUAGAACCGGAGCCAUUGAUAAAACUCAGAAAUAGAAAUGGGUCACGAGCGGAGCUUAAGCGAAUGUACUCUUAUGUACCAAUUAAGCAGGUGAAGGUUCGUCCAAAGUUAUACAAAGCCUGGAAAAGGCAACUGGAAUGGCAGAAAGCCGAGCGAAAACUGAAACGCAUUCGAAAAAAAAUACUCAACGGAGGCGAUUAUUUGGCGGAAGAUAAGUUAACGAAAGAGCAAAUACGUGAAAACACUAUUAUCAGGCUGAAUAUUAGACCCAUGAUACCUAUUGUACCACAACCAACCCCGAAAGCUGAAAUACCCGAACUGCCGGAUCCAAGGCCACAUUCCAAAAGCGAAGCACCAAAAAAGAAAGUUGGCCCUCCCGAGAGACUAGACAGGGGUCAGAGGUUAAAGAACCUCCUAAUGGAUGAGCUUCGUCUGCUGAAGCAAGAAAAGCUGCACCACUUGGUUUUACCAGAGAACCCCCUGAGGGCCGUUUACUUACCCAUUCUCGGGCGUCGAAAGAAUCUAGCAGCCACUGCAGAACUUCCAAAGUCGAGCCAUAAAUUUUGGAAGAAUGAACCGGAAAUAACGUUCAAAACUACAAGAGGCCAUUACUACAGUGCCAAGGACUUCAGUGCUCCGAGCACUGAUCUCAGUGAGGUGCCAACAAGUGCCAGAACAGAAAGUGAUAGGUCCUCGAAUUGUAGCUUCAGGUCGGCGCUCAGCCAACCAGCAUUUGAAACCUCUACAGGCAGCUUGUACUAUGAUGCUAAAAUGCCGCAGAAAGAUUUCCCGAAUAAGUAUCCCUGUCUGAAUGUAUCCAAAGGAAUAGGAUGUAAAUUCGCAGUCAAAAAGAGAAUUUCACCCACUAAGAAACCAAGGAAACGUGGCGAAGGUUUUUCUGGAACAGAGAACCCAAUAACAUCAACGAAGAAAACAAAACAAGGAAAGAAAAGAAACAGUUCGAGUGUGACCAGACUCAAAAACAAGAUCAAAAACAACGAUUUCAGGAGGUUUUUCGACAUUGAUGAAGUUUCAGUGCAAGUCCUACAUUGGAUGGGCCGAAUGCCACUGAUGAAGGGCAAAGGUCCCAUUGCUGGUCAUCGCAAAAUUUGUCAGUAUCUGGAGCACUUCUACUGGGAGCGUUUACAGCAGGAUGGUCUGUACUUUCAUUGGUUCGUCAACGAGGGCUUCUUUCCGGCUCACUAUCUGAUUAAAGAGCGAACACCUCAAGAGCUGGAGACCUUAUCGCAUAAACAACUGGAUGAUGAGGUUCUGCAGUAUAUAAAUAGAGUAAAUAAGCCCGAUCAGAACAUAAUACGCCUCUCAUACCGAAUGGCUCACGUAAUGGUAACUGCCUAUUUUUGGGUGCUGUUCCAUGUUUCCACGUCUAAGAAACGAAGUACCAAGAAUAAGUACUUGCUUAGGUGUCGCUUCGCCAUAUCGAUCGUGGAAACCUUUCAAAAGGAGAGGAAUAAAGAGUUGUUGGUGGACCCGAUUAACUGCGAACUGUUAAUGAAAUGGGCCCUUAAGCACGAGAGUCGUGUCAAUCAGCUCUACGACGAACCGCUUAGUUAUGCCGAGGAGAGAUCUGGUAUUCAAGACGGUGUGAUCAUGCGAACCCCCAAUAUGGACUCGUUCAAAGAGUUUUACCAUCGCCAUGUGAUGCCCAAGCCAGAUGCACUGGCCAUUAACCCCAUGGCUUUCAAGAACAAGCGUCUUCAAAGCAAGAUUCCGGCUAGACCCAAUAGUUAUUCUUGUCCCAUCAAGGGUUGCAAAGCACAACUAGUUUCCGAGUACCUAAUGUCCCACUUCUUGGCCGAGCACUGUCGCCGCAUUGAGGAGCUUUGGCUGUCGGACCGCAUGAUCCAACUGUUCUAUCCCGGUUCCUAUCCUCCGACGCAGGUAUACUGCCUCUGUGUGAUUGCCCUGCUGCCCAGGAUGCCGACCACCACGAUUCCGAUUCCCAGGUUCAUAGCCAACGAACAGUUGCCCUCGAAGUACCUUUACUUUGCCGAACAUGUUGCCUGCUUCUUAAUGUACGCACAGGUUCGCUUGGAAGAAAUCAAGGAGAAGGCUAUUCGCACCGCAAAAUCGGUACCAUUUCAAAGUACAGGAUCUGGUUCAACACCACCAAGUUCAGAUGCUGAUGCAAAAGCAAGUCCAAAUUUAGAUACAAAUAAAAUACGAAGUAAGGAUUCAGAUCGUUCUAAGAAGAAUUCCGAAACACUGUUCAUCUUCUGGCUGGCCACCUCCGACUUUAACUAUUCGAAUAUCGGAUGCCGCCUUUAUGUUUAUUGUCAGGAUCGCAGUGUCAAGGGCAAUUCCCUAUUGAAUCUUAUGAAAAUGUCGGAGUUCAGUGGCGUAAGCGAUAUGGUGGUCAACAACCCGAAUAGCUAUCUGGCCAUCGAUUAUUCCACAAUGGUGGCACUCACCAAGGACUUUAAGGAGCUCGUCUUUAUCGAAAUUCGCUACAUAGACACAUCGCUUGGGGAGGAUUCUGGUGAUGAGAAGUUUGACCUUUAAAAAUGGGAGAAACCUAAAGCGCCCUUGAGGAAUCUUCCCAUCUGUAUUGGCUUAUAAUAUAAUAAUAACCUUUUUAUAUUUUUAAAACAUCUAUGUAUGUGCAGACCUAUGUGUGAAAUACAUAUAUUAUUAAACACA